GGGCCACGACGUACAUCGCCUGCACGGCCUGCAGGUUCCGCUGGAACUUCAAGAACAACCACUGGUGUCACCAGUGCGGCGGCGCCCUGGUACCGAGCCCCUCGGAGGACAAGCGGCCUCGCGGCCAGUGGGUCUGGGGCCCGCCGCAGGCCCAGGCCGUCCAAGGCCGGCCUUGGGUCUAUCAACAGGCGGGCUGGGUGCCUCAAGGCGGCCGCGCGGGACAGCAGCAGCCCUCCCAGCCUGCAGACCCGUUUGUGUUCUUCGAGAAGGAGCUCGGCUCGGACUGCGACGAGCUGCUCAAGCUCAAAGCGGCGGUGCAGGCCAAGAAGGAGGCCCAGGCAGCCGCUGCUGGCGCGGGCGCCCCUCAGAAGGCGCCACUCGUUGAGGAGGAAGUGCGGGCCAAAGGUGUGGCCUGCAGGAGGGCGCUGGCAUGGCUUGAGACCUGCGCUGCCCGCGUCUUGGAGGGCGAGCGGUGGCUGGCCGACGCCCAGGCCGCUGAGGACGAGGCGGCCGCCAGCGCUCACGCUGCGCAGCAGGACUGGGAGGCGGCCUGUGCCGAGCAGGUCAAGGCCAAAGCGGCGCCGCCUUCAGCGCCGCCACCCACUUCUUCGGCGAUCAACCUGUCGACGCUCGUUGAUGAGGGCUCGCUGCAGAUCGUGGACGGGCCGCUUUUCGACCUCUCGGGCUUGGAGCUCGACGAGCAGGCGCGCGUCGAUUGGGAGCGCAUCAAGCAGGAGCUGGCCGACAGCGUCCAGACCAAGGUCCAGGAAGUCCUUGGACCCUCGGCGCAGCGCAUCCUGGAGCUGCGGGAGGAGGCUCGGCAGCUUCGCGCCAGGGAGGAGGCCAAGCGCAGGCGCGUGGACGGCAGCGACGCG